AUGCCUGCUGCCGACCCAUCUCUCGAGCCGCUGAGCGACGAGGAGAUCGGCGCCUUCUUCGACGAGCUCGACAGCGACAAGGACGGCCACAUCACCUUCGCCGAGCUCGAGGCCGCGCUGCUGGCCGCGCACGACGAGCUGGCGCCCAAGCCGCAGGCGCACCACCUGACGCACCCGCUGCGGCGCGGUCCUGAGGCGGUUGCCGAUGCCGAAAAGAAGGCGGCGCCCGCAGGCGCAGAGAAGGGCCCGACGACGACGCCGGGCAGCACCACGGCACACCAGGCAGACCACGACGAGCUGCACGCCUUUCUCCUCUCGCUGCUGCCCGCCGGCGUGGACCGCCUCGACCGCGCGGCAUUCGUGCGGCAGGUGCGCACCUGGAACCUGCCGUCGCAGCGCCGCACCGACGAGAGCGAGGAUGCGCGCGAGGCCGACGACUACACCAAGAAGAUGACGUGGGCACGCAAGGCGCGCGCCCACUGGAGCGUCGAGGGCCCACGCUACGCCUUUGUCGCCUUUGUCGUCUGCUGCCAGCUCGCCUUUGGCAUCUGGCAGAUGGUCGUCUACAUCCGAGCCGACCAGACACGCAGAGCACUGGGCUGGGGCGUCAUCAUGGCCAAGGCCUCCGCCGGCGCGCUCUACCCGACGCUGCUCUUCCUCGUGCUCUCCAUGUCACGCUGGCUGCUCACCUUUCUGCGCCGCUUUUACGUCCUCUCGCGCUACAUCAACUCGGACCUGCACCAGGCGUUCCACAUCUACAUCAGCAUCGCGGCACUGGCGCUCGCCUCGCUGCAUGCCAUCGGCCACCUGACGGGCACGUUCCUGUACGGCUCGCGCCCGGCGCAGCAGGACGAUCUCGCCAUCCUGCUCGGCCCUUCGGCCGUGCCGCGCUCGUAUCACGACUACAUCCGCUCGCUCCCGGGCUGGACGGGCCUGACCUCGUUCGGCCUGUUCUGGCUGAUCGCACUGAUGUCGAUGCCAGUGGUGCGCCGCAAGAGCUACGAGAUCUUCCAGCUGGCACAUCUCCUCAUGUUCCCGCUUUUCGGCUUCCUUGCCGCGCAUGGCACAGCCAAGCUGCUGCAGGCGCCGAUGCUCGGCUACUGGCUGGUGGCGCCCGUGCUGCUCGUCAUCGCCGAGCGCAGCCUCCGCGUCAUCCGCGGCUUCCGGCCGGUGCCUGCUCGCAUCAAGCGCCUCGACGACGACACUGUCGCGCUGACGUGCCAGAAGCCCGGCGGCGACUGGAGGUUCGAGGCGGGCCAGUACGUCUUUGUGCAGGUCCCGGUGCUCUCGCGCUGGCAGUGGCACCCCUUUACGAUCUCGGCGUGCGUCAAGGACCGCCUGCAGGUGCACAUCAAGACUAGCGACGGCGACUGGACUGGGCGCCUGCAGGAGCUGGCGAAGAAGCUCGAGAAGGAGCAGGGUGUGUGCAAGGAGGGCCACGAGAUCAAGGUGGGCGUGGACGGACCGUUCGGCGCGCCUGCGCAGCGCUUCUACGACUUCGACCGCUGCAUCGUUGUCGGCGCCGGUAUCGGUGUCACUCCUUUCAGUGCGAUCCUGCUCGACCUCGAGCAAAAGUACGCCUCGAACGGCGACCCGUGGGCGCUGUCUCGCCGCCGCUCGAGCUUCUCGCGCUCGCUCUCGCGCCUGCCGUCUCGAGUGUCGUCCCGCGGCAACUCCCGGCCCAGCUCUGCGGUGCGGCACGAGGGCGAGCACGGCAACCAUGAGCCGCACCCGCCGCGCCGCGUCGACUUCCACUGGAGCGUGCGCUCCAAGGACGACCUGCUGUGGUUCAGCACGCUGCUCAACCGCUGCUCCGAGCUGGCGUCGCCGGGCUGCCUCGACCUGCGCAUUGUGCCGUACGUGACGCAGAAGCGCAAGUCGCUCUCUACACUCGUCUUCCGCGCGCUGCUGGACAACCACCGCACAAAGGAGCGGCCCUACAGCGCCCUCACCGGCCUCAAGGCGCGUACGCACUUUGGCCGUCCCCCGCUUGGCGAGGGCGGCAUUGUCGACAACUUCGACGCCGAGCUGCGCCAGAUGGCGUGGACCGGCGGCAAGGUUGGCGUGUUCUUCUGCGGGCCGCCGGCGCUGGGCUUGAUGCUGGCCGACCGCUGCGCCGUCAUGACGGCGCAGGCCGCGGCCGACGGCACCGGCACGCGCUAUAUGUUCCACAGCGAGGUGUUCUGA